CAUUCUUUGCCCAAACAGAGUGAUUUCCCCUCCUCGUCCCACGCCCAGUCUCGCCCGUCUGAAGAACGACGUCGGGUCGCACUGCCUUAGCUCGCUGUGGCCUCGCUGUGGCAAGCGGCACGAAUCGUUGGUUUGUGGAGGGGAAACAAGAGGUCAACUGAGCAGGGCAGCAACGAAACACCAUCCAGCUGUGGGACACGUGUAUACCUGUUGAGGUGUUGAGCUGUCCUCUCUGUUCCUUAUCUUAUCGCAGCUCCAAGUUCCAGCUUGUCAUCUCACGGAGAUCUGGCCAAGUGCUCCAUGCAGCAAAUCCGGUGGAUCUGCCAUUCGUUGGGCCAUUCGGCAUCUCCAAAAGAGGCUUGGUGCUGUUCUCGACCGCGGGGGUUUCCCCACAAUCCUUCUUUGAGGUGGGAUUGGCUGAACAGGGGCCAAAGGCAACUCGAACCGCAGACAGCGCGUUUAGGAAAGUCGUGCACGGAGCUGACGGCUCCCGAGAGAGAGCUGAGUUGGUACCAGGGGCUUCAGGACUGCUUCCACGCUGUCCAAAUGUGGAUAAGGUCGGAAUACCACCCCUUUUCCGCCAUUGAAACACUCCAUUGCGCUCCCAACAUGACAUCCAAGCCAGAGCAGUUGAAUUGGUCGGCAUCUCUACGCAUCGCUCAUCCAUCCCCAUCCGCCUCCAAGGGUCUGCAGGGCGAUAAGAUCCUGCUUCCGCAGUCGGCUCUUGAACAGCUUCUGGCAAGAGCCCCUUCGACCUUCACAUCGUCGACGUCGCACACUUUUACUGCCUUCGAUCCUUUCAACCCCUAUGCCGUAUCCGAUGCCAGACGAGAACGUGCGCAGUAUCGCGAGACUAGCCAGCAAUUACCUCACCCGUUGAUGUUUCAACUGGUGAACCAGAAGAAUGGAAAUUCUGUUUACGCUGGUAUCCGAGAGUUUUCGGCAAACGAAGACGAGGUCGCCCUCAGCCCCUACCUGAUCGACGCACUUGAAAUACAGCACGAAGACAUACAGCAAGAGCCAACGUUCGAAGACGAAGUGGUGGACCUUACGGACGAUGAACCCACCAAGACAGAAGGCCUGAGAAUAACUGUCGAAGCUAGGCAGCUCCCGAAAGGCACAUACGUUAGGCUACGACCGCUUGAGGCUGGUUACAAUCCUGAUGACUGGAAAUCCCUCCUUGAAAGACAGCUCCGCGCAAACUUUACCACACUCACGAAGGACUCAUUUCUGUCGGUUCAUGGAGUGAAGGGAGAGGAGUUUCGGUUCCUGGUCGACAAGCUCUUGCCGGAAGGAAGUGGAAUCUGUGUUGUGGACACCGAUUUGGAAGUUGAUAUUGAACCCCUAAACGAAGAACAGGCUCGCGAAACCUUGCGUCAAAUCGCUGCCCAGUCACAACGUGCGCCAGGAACGGAUGCUGGUACUUCAAUUGGUCACACGAUAGACAUUUGGAAACAGGUUGAUGGUCAGGUUCUAGACGGAGACUAUGCCGAUUACGACUUACCAUCCUGGGACAAAUCUCGCCCAGUCGCCAUCGAGUUGAUAAUACAUGGCGACCACGAGGUCGAUCUUUUUGUUAGCCCCAAGUCUAACCGUCAACGAGCAUUACCAAGGGACACAGAGCACGUCUUUGGCGACUUCUCUUCGCCGAAAAAUGGCCUGAAGCGCAUCGUCAUUCAGCCUACCAAUGCCGAGCUUGAGGGGGCAGAAGCUUUACUUGUUUCCGUUAACGGGUUCUGCCUUCCAAACAAGGAAGCGGUGGGAUCAGUCCCAGCAAAAUACACUCUACGCGCAAAAGCUGUUGACGCACAAGGCUCUGUGACAGCUCCCAUCGACCUGAGCAGCUCAGCACCCAAGUCCACAACGGAAGAACAGUGCAGAAACUGCCAUCAGAUGGUACCCAAGCAAACAAUUGUGCUCCAUGAGAACUUCUGCUUGAGAAACAACAUUGUCUGCCCUCAGUGCAAGAACGUGUUCCAGAAGAAGUCGGCCGAAUGGGAAGCUCACUGGCAUUGCCCCGUGCAUCCAGAGGCCUAUGGCUCAAGCAUGCUGAGCAGGUCGAAACAUGACUACGUCCAGCACACUGCGCAUACAUGCACUGCCUGCGGCCCAUCGUCUCCCUUCACCUUCCCCUCGUUACCAGAGCUGGCCCGCCAUGCCACCACUAACUGCCCCCACAAACUUAUACUCUGUCAGUUUUGCCACCUCGAGGUUCCUCAAGAGGGCGAUCCGCUCGAUCCGUCUUCAGAAGCGGAGACAGUACUGUCGGGUUUGACAGCUCACGAGAGAGCUGAUGGCGGGCGCACAACCGACUGCCAUCUUUGUGGCUCCAUCGUCCGUCUCCGAGACAUGGCUGCCCAUGUGGCUCAUCACGAACUUGACAAGGCCCGGAAGCCAAAGCCAGAGUUGUGCAGGGGUGAGCUUUGUGGUCGCACACUCCACGGCAUUGGACCUCGAGGCCAAGUCAAUGGUGGGACUCAGAUGGGUCAAGGGCCUGGAAACAGUCUGGGGCUUUGCAGUCUGUGCUUUGCGCCACUCUAUGUCAACAUGCACGACCCAGAAGGAAAAGCGUUGCGCCGCCGGAUUGAGAGGCGCUACCUCGCCCAGCUCACGGCAGGUUGCGGAAAGAAAUGGUGCCAGAACGAGUGGUGCAAAACAGGCCGGGCAAACCGUGGGCUGGAAGCACUGGGCACCAGUGUUUCGACUGCGCUACCGUUGGUGAAACCGCUUCUCGAGUCGAUCACUGACCACAGUCAACGCAUGCACUUUUGUGUCGAUGAGGCAUCGCAACGUCGGAAGAAAACGGCCGAGAUUCUUGCUGCUGAGGGCGUAUGGGAUCUCGAAUGGUGCACAGCUGCCAUGGAGGCAGAGGGUGGGAAUCUAAGCAAGGCACGGAGUUGGCUAGCAGACUGGGCGCCAACAAAGGUUCCUAAAUAA